AUGGGCCGAUGCCGGCUGUCGCCGAGGUGCUUGUGGCGGGCGACCGUGGCGUUUGCCGCGGCAGUUUCUUUCCUUUGGCUGGUGUCCCUUAACCUCGGCGCCCCUGCCUUUCCGGAUGAGGCUGCUGCGGCUGGCGUGCGGCGCGUCGUCUCUGCCCCGCCGCCGGAGGACGGCGAGGCCUACUCCUCCCUCUACUGCGUGGGACACAAAUUUAACGACCCACGCAGUGCCACCGCGGCGCCCUCGUCGUUUGCGGGCAGGCCGGCGCAUGGGCCAAGGGACCGUGCGGACGGCGCCGUGGCCACGGAACGCGUGGAUGUCGCGGUGAAUGGUGUGCUCUCGCCAGACCUGGUGGACAUCGCGACCCUAACGGAGCCGGAUAUGACGAUGGGGUCAAUGGAUAGUUAUUAUUACCCCAUUUACAAUCGCACCUGCCUGUACACGUUUGUGUACUUUGACAACAGGCGGAACAAGUUUUUCUUUUACCUUCAAAACACCUCCACUCACCGCCGACUGCUGGCCGCAGGGAAGCUGAAUCUGCCACCCGUGUCGCUGAGUUCGAGGCCGCUAGAGCUGCCACGCGCAAAGGCGGAGACGCUGCGGCGGAAGUCUCGCUGGGCCUUUGCCUACACUCCAGUAGUCGUUUUAGGCAGACGCCCUCGCGAGAAGGCGCAGCGGGCACGGUGGGGGCGGCACGACGAGGUCGCUGUGCCGCAUCAUAAUAUGCUGGUGGCGUACUUUCUUCCAACUGUGGCGCCAUGGAACUUUGCGCACACGCUCCUAUGCGACCUAUUCGGUUUUUUCUGGGGCUCUAUGGAACUCCAGCGCACACUCGCGCAUGCAUUUCCCGCCGAGGUAAAGUUUCUCGCUGAGGCCCUGCCAGACGCGCAGCUCCUCGCUGCCUCGUUUCGUUACUUUCCACAGCAUCGGCUCCCUAAUUCGAACAAGGCGUUUGCGUUCAUGUCUCGGCGACCGGCGAUAUAUGAUUUGGCACUCCCCUCGGGCGUCUACCGCGGACUGCUGGCAGGCACGGGCACAAAAAGCUGGAGUUGGGUGUCAAGUGCCUACGCGGCCAGCGGAUCCCCCGCGCUGUGGUACGCCUUUCGACACUACAUCGUACGCAUCACUGGGGCUCAGCAGCCUUCCCACCGAAGUGGGGCUUUUGCUGCCUUGCCGGGCCCCCAAAGUCCGCUGCGCGUGUCGAUAUGCCAAAAGAAAGACAAACGUGGUAUUUUAAAUGACCAGGAACUUCUUCUUUUUCUCCAGAAACGGUUUGGAUCGGCGCGGAGUGGUGUAGAGUUUCUGCUGGAGAGUAUCGUGGGCCACAGUGCGAGGGAGCAGGUGGAGAUGAUGUUGGCAACGGACAUUUUUGUUUGCAACGAGGGCACCUUGGCGACAACCUUCUUUUUGAUGAACCCCGGCUCCGUCUUCGUGGCGAUUCCGCUGGUGUACCAUUCGCCACAUCUUCACCGACGCAACAUUUCGACGCCGGACGCCUGGUGGUCGCUGCCGGAUCUUAUCCGCGUGGAUCCUCGCUUCAACACGGGUGGGAAUAUUGACUGGUUCCCCCCAACCAUUCCAUGGGUGCGCCUCACCUGGUACAGUGAGAUUCCGCUUUCAGAGACGUCGAUACAGCAACCCUUGCGUGGGCUGCACAAUUACAUGCCUGACUACAAUGUUCGUAUAAAUCUGGAACGAUUUGCGUCCCUAAUGCAGCGGGCCAUUGCGUUUGUGCGAGGCCGAGGUACGUUAUGGCGUGUACAUUUCGCUCCAACGCCGUUCAAGGAAAAUGCGGCUUCUUUGCACUUUAGCCAUGAUGCAGGGAGCACAGCUGUUGUCUCGUUUGAGGCGCGGCAUCAUUACCGUGCCGUUUUCCUGGACCCUGCCAAUUGGACGGACGUUGUGAAUAACAUUUCGCUUCGUCGCAUAUUUUACUUGCAUGAGAGUCAUGUUGAAAGUCGUCGAUUUCGCGGCCGAACGCACAGGCCUCCGAAUUACUCCGUUACGGCUGACCAAUGCCGUCGUUUGAUGCAUCUGCGUCCAGCACUCGCGACAUGCUUCAACACGGCACUUUGCCGCUACGGCAUGAGUUGGCUCUGCGAGAUGUUUGCCAAUGGGCGAUACUCUCAACGCUUUUUUCACGACAAGUGGCGACUGAGCCGCGGACGCUGCGGCGGGGUGGAGAGUUGGCCGGAGUACUGGCGGCAACGACCAGAGCUAUUGCGCAGGACUGUUCUGGCGCGGGCGGCGGGGCAGGGUGUGGCUUUGCUCGACCUUGCUGAGGCGACAGAUUACUUUUUUGAUGUGCGGGAGACGCUCAACUUAUCGCGCUAUCUUUACUUUGACAGGGAGGACCUUGAGGCAAGUUACCGUUCGACGGACUUGGGGCCCAAUUUGAGGGCCGAGGGGGAUGCCGUGAGGAGGCUCUUCGGUUAA